GCAGGCUUAGUCUUUACUGGCGACAUCAACGAAGGAGAAAAACACUCAAUUAAAUUUUAUAGAGGCUUAAAAACAUCAAGUCUUCGGGAAAAUAAAAAAUACAUUAUGUAUAAAUAUGUUUGCUUUAAUUGCUUUAUCCUUUACUUUAACCUCUUUCCCCUUCCAUUUUUCUUAAAAAUUAAAUCCACAACCCCUUUUUUAAGCCUCAACAACAACCACCAAAAUUAAUAGUUGAAGGCAAUACAGUAACUAGAGAAUAUUCUAAAGAGGCCUUCUCCAAAACAGAAGUACAAACAUUAGCAUAUCCACAAGGCAGUCACUUGCCUGGAUAUACUGUCUCUACUGUUCCUAGUGAAUGGAGAAUGGCACCUAAAGAACGUCAAAACUCCCGUGUAGUAGAAGUAGUUGACACCUUUGUUGAUCGCCCAGCAGCAACAGAUGGACAACAACCUCCUUUAGGCAAGCGCUAUGGAGGAAGAGUUACUUUAGAAGAAGUAUUAGAUUCAAUCUUUCAAUCUACUCAAUAUAUUCCUGAUCUCCCUCCUGCAGAUCCAAGGCAUUUUUCUUGA